AUAAAACAGAGGCGCACAUAUAAAUGUAAGAAGCAAGUGAUGAUCUUGGACGACUCCAACUUCUCUCUUUGCCCUCUCACUUCAGCGCCAGCUAAGCAUUCUCUCCUCUCCAAUUUUCUUCAAAUUAACCAGCUAAGUAUUAAACAUCGAGUGAUACUAAUUUCCUGCUUGCUCUCUGUAAUCUGGGGGUACAGUUUACGUUUUUCUUGUUAUUCAUCUCCAACAAAAACCCAUUGAAUUUCCACGAACCCAAGCAGAAAAAUAUACUAAUUCAGACCAGAUUGAUUUGUUUGGUGAAGAGAUACAAGUUCUAAACAAAUGGGUCAUAGUUCGAAGAAGAAGAAAAAGCGGGGAGGAGGGGCAGGGCGCAGGGCGCAGUCUAAGGACCAUCAUUCAAUUGCCGGCGCUGACUCCGAAAUUGCAGCUGAAGAACUCACUGCCUUGUGCGCUAUAUUUCAAGAGGAUUGCAAAAUUGUUUCUGAAUCACCUCCUCAAGUUAACAUCAAGCUCAGGCCAUACUCAAAGGAUACAGGAUACGAAGAUUCUGAUGUUUCUGCUCUGCUUUCAGUGAGAUGUGUGCAAGGUUAUCCAUUCAAAUGCCCGAAGCUGCAGAUAGUACCAGAGAGAGGAUUAUCAAAGACUGAUGCUGAUAACCUUCUAUCUCUACUUUAUGAUCAGGCUAAUUCUAAUGCUAGAGAAGGACGUGUGAUGAUUUACAAUUUAGUGGAGGCUGCGCAAGAGUUCUUGUCUGAAAUUAUUCCACAAGGGCAGCCACAUGAAUCUGUUGUAUGCCAUGAUACUGAUAAGAGUAACCAGCUCGCUCAGAAGGAUGCUACUACCUCAAGUGGCAAGAUCUGUUUCUCUGGAGGACAUUUUGUCUAUGGUCAUUUAGAUCUUUUCAGUGGUUCUGGGGAGUUGUGGCAGUGGAACCUGGGAAUGGAAGAGAACAGCAAGAUUGGUCCUUCUCAGAUAUUCGACAGUUUGAAAACUGAAAACGUCACUUUGCAAAAUCAAAUGGACAUGCAUAUGAAACCGUCAGUGGUGGAAAGUGAUAAGGCAGGGCAUGCAUAUGGCCAUUCAUUAAGAUUAGGACCCCUUGAAGAAGAGAGUGAAGAUGAAACAAAAAGUGACUCAAGCAAUGGUGAAUCAGUUGGAAAUGGUACUGUUGGCUAUGCAAAGGAUAUUUUUGUGGAAGGAAAUUUUACAGAAACUGAUUUUGGUGAUUUGGAUAGUGGUUCAGAGUCCUCAUCCUCUGACUCUGCUGCUUACGAUCAACCACAGACUGUGAAGAGAGAUUUACUCCUGGCCCACUUGCUUCGUCUUGCUUGUGCCGCUGAAGGACCACUUGGUGAUGCUUUGCCCCAGAUAACAUCGGAGCUCCUCAAUCUAGGGAUUCUUUCCGAAGGUGUGCGAGAUAUGGCUAUGAAACCAUCAUCAUCCUUUGACAAGACAUUUCAUCGUGUAUUCAGGAAACAUAUUGGUUCAUCAACAAUCACUCACUUCUGGAAAACUGCUUCUGAUUUUGGAGGACAAAGUUCUUCAUUUCCAAGUUCCAGAUAUUUAAACGACUUUGAUGAGCUUCAACCUAUCGGUCAUGGAGGAUUUGGUCAUGUUGUGUUAUGCAAGAAUAAGCUAGAUGGUAGGCAUUAUGCUGUGAAGAAGAUUCGGUUAAAGGACAAGAGCCUGCCUGUAGACGACCGCAUAUUGAGAGAAGUUGCCACUCUUUCUCGGUUGCAGCAUCAGCAUGUUGUUCGGUACUACCAGGCUUGGUAUGAAACUGGAGCUGUAGGAAUUGAUGCCAAUACUGUGUGGGGUUCCAAAACUGGAAUGAGCUCCAGUUUCAGCUACAAGGACACAGGUUCUUCAGACCAGUUUGGAAAUGAAAAUAAGCUUGAGACAACAUACCUUUAUAUCCAGAUGGAAUACUGCCCGAGGACACUGAGGCAAAUGUUUGAAUCUUAUAACCACCUUGAUAAAGAACUUGCAUGGCAUUUAUUCCGCCAAAUUGUGGAAGGCCUGGCACAUAUACAUGGACAAGGAAUCAUCCAUCGUGAUUUGACUCCUAAUAACAUCUUUUUUGAUGCUCGCAAUGAUAUCAAAAUUGGGGAUUUUGGUCUUGCUAAGUUUUUGAAGCUGGAGCAAGUGGAUCAGGAUGUGGAUGCUACUGAAACGGUUGGAGUCUCUAUCGAUGGUACAGGUCAAGUUGGCACUUAUUUCUACACUGCUCCUGAAAUAGAGCAAGGGUGGCCAAAGAUCAAUGAGAAGGCUGAUAUGUACAGCUUAGGAAUUGUGUUUUUUGAACUGUGGCAUCCAUUUGACACAGCAAUGGAGAGACAUGUUGUGCUUUCUGAUCUAAAACUGAAGGGAGAGUUACCUUCUGGUUGGGUCUCUGAAUUUCCAGAACAGGCAUCCUUGUUACGACGCUUGAUGUCCCCAAGUCCAUCAGAUCGUCCAUCAGCCACAGAACUUCUUAAGAGUGCUUUUCCACCUCAAAUGGAGUACGAAUUGCUAGAUAAUAUGUUACGGACAAUUCAUAGUUCUGAAGACACAAGUAUGUACGAAAAAAUUGUGUCUGCAAUUUUUGAUGAAGACACAUUAAGCACAAAGGACAAUCAUGAGAAUGUUGGAAGAUUGAAAUUGAAUGAAGAUGAUACUUCAUCAACUAUUUUCGCAGAUUUGGACACUGCUAACCGUGACCUGGUAGUGGAUAUUGCUAUAGAAGUUUGUAGACAGCACUGUGCAAAGCAUUUGGAGGUCAUACCAAUCAGAAUGUUAGGUGAUUGCCCGCAAGUAAAUAGGUAUACUGUUAAAUUGUUAACGCAUGGAGGAGACAUGGUUGAGUUUUGCCACGAGCUACGCUUUCCCUUUGUGAAAUGGAUUAUUGCAAAGCAGAAAUCAUUUUUCAGGCGGUAUGAAAUAUCAUAUGUAUACAGAAAAGCAGUUGGCCAUUCACCUCCAAAUAGGUACCUUCAGGGGGACUUUGACAUUGUUGGAGGAGCAACUUCAUUGACAGAGGCAGAGGUCAUAAAGGUGACCAUGGACAUUGUCACUAGGUUUUUCCAUUCAGAAUCAUGUGACAUACAUUUAAAUCAUGGGGACUUAUUGGAAGCAAUAUGGUCUUGGACAGGAAUACAAUCGGAGUAUAGACAGAAAGUAGCUGAGCUUCUCUUGCUUUUGGGUUCUUUGCCUCCUCAGUCCUCUGAAAGAAAAUCAAAGUGGGUGGUAAUUAGGCGUCAACUCCGACAGGAACUUGGUCUUGCUGAUGAUGCUUUAAAUAGGUUACAAACUGUAGGAUUAAGGUUCUGCGGGACUGCAGAUCAGGCACUUCCCAGAUUAAGGGGUGCUCUGCCUGCAGAUAAAUCCACACGCAAGGCACUUGAUGAGUUGGCAGAGCUUUUCAACCACUUAAGAGUUUGGAAGAUUGAUAGACAUGUCUUUCUUGAUGCACUUAUGCCACCAACUGAAUUUUAUCAUAGGAACUUGUACUUCCAGAUAUAUUUAAGGAAAGAUAACAAUCCUGUAUCACUGAUGGAAGGAACACUGCUUGCCCUUGGUGGUCGAUAUGAUUAUUUGCUUCACCAGAUGGCUGAUUCUGAACGUAAAUCAAGUCCUCCUGGUGCAGUUGGGACUAGUAUUGCUCUGGAGACUAUUUUGUUACAUUCUUCUGUUGAUAGUAAAUCUUAUAGAAAUGACAUUGGCAUUAAUGUGCUUGUCUGUUCAAGAGGAGGUGGUGGCUUAUUAGUCGAGCGCAUGGAACUAGUGGCUGAACUGUGGGAGGAGAAUAUUAAGGCAGAGUUUGUCCCCUUGCGUGAUCCAAGCCUCACUGAACAAUAUGAAUAUGCGAGCGAGCAUGAUAUCAAAUGUCUUAUUGUCAUCACUGACUCUGGUGUUUCACAGAAAAGUUCAGUAAAGGUCCGGCAUUUAGAGCUCAAAAAAGAGAAGGAAGUUGAGAGAGAAAACCUUGUUAAAUUUCUAUCAGAUGCAAUGGCUAUUCAAUUCAGAAACCCAUCCAUCUGGAGCUAGGUCAGAUCGAAUUGUCCAGCUUAGGGAUUAUGGAAGCAGCAAAAGGUUUUCGUGAAUACCUCAAAAAAUACUCUAAUUAUAUGGAACUCGCUAUAGAAGAGGUCACAUGGAAGUAGACUGAGUCAGCUUUCACUGUAUCUAGAUAUAUAUUGCUUAUGAGAGGCUCUCCAACAUCCACGAAAGUGAAAAAGAAGGCAAAUGAAGAAAUUCCUUCUUGAUCAUUUUCAUAGAGGGGGAUGGAGAAAGUGGACAAACAGACUCGCAUUUCUCAUCGAAGAUAGCUUUGUAGAAACACUGAUCCUUUGAUGUGAGAAUUCUGACGGUAACAUCUUGUACAGUGAUGACAUUUCGAUUCAGGUGAUCUAUUUGGAGUUUUUGCUCAAGUUUCAGGUUGGUAAUAGCAGAUCCAUUGUACAGAAAUUAAAGAUUGAAAAGGGUUUCCAAUUUUUGUUAAACGGAUGGUAGCUUAGAGUAUGUGCAUUUUUCACGGCAAGAUGUUAACCACUCGUGAUUUUUUUUUAAUGUAUUUCGUGAAUAACAGAAGUUGGUGAUGCUGAUGAAAUUUUGUAACUGUUUUUAACCACUGAUUUAGGAACAUAUUCUCAAUUUCUA